UAGGGCUAUUUUGUACAGACUUUUACUAUAACUAAGUAUAGUUUACGUAUUUUAAUAUCGUUUAAUCAAUGAAAUGGACAAAUAAAAACAUAAAUAAGUAAUUUACUCUUAAGGUCGUUUGAUAUAUAACUGUUUCAAUUUUGUUACCGCGGGAAAACAGCAAUAGGUUUGACUACUAUAAUGGCCGCAAUAGCGCCAAUGCUUAUAGUGUUUGUUCUUUUAGUAUGAAUUACGAAUUUUAAGUAAAGUUUUAGUAUUCCGCUUCUUAUACAUAAGAGCAAAUUUAAAAUGGACAUUAACGCUGAGGUCUCAACACAGUUGUCACUGAUCGAUGCACUGCUAAGCAACUUUGACAAAACAAUUACACCAUGUGCUAACAAAAAGAAUGAGAAAAAAGAAGAAGAAACACAGGAUGCCAUGCCAGACUCUACUACCAACACAGAAAAGGUUACAACCAACCCCUUCCACUGUGGUGACGAUGUGCUCGUACCCAACAAAGAUGGAAGAUACUAUUUAGGGACUAUAGUAGAGCUGAGCACAAACAAUGACAACGAUUCGUGCGAAGUGGGCACGGGUGUGGCCCGGUGUCUUGUCAAGUUCGGCGACGGCACACACGCUUGGGCGCCGGUAUCCACGCUCAAGCUGCUCAGCGUGCCUCCCGCGGAUGACGGCAGGAUCAUGUGCGUGGUGUGCAAGCGCAGGGAAGGCCCGGCCGCCAGCCCCGCCGCCAACGCGAUCAUCGCCUGCGAUAUGUGCGGGAGAGGCUAUCACGCGAAGUGUCACACGCCGCCGGUUGAAGCGUGGAUUAACGGUGCAUCAUGGCAUUGCAAGCGAUGUGUCGACCAACGGUACAGAGUAGCUGCAGCAGAGAACAGAGCAUCGAAACGGUCCGACCUAUUCAGGUUUAAGGGAGGACAGCAAAGGCGGCAGCAACAAGAGCUUACACCACCCUGUGAUACUGCAUCAACUACGUCGUCAACUGCAUCAGAUGCUGGGAAUAAUCAAAAUGAGGUACACUGUUAUUGUGGUGAAAAAAGUGAUUGGCUUGCGCAAAUGUUACUAUGUUGUCGAUGUUCCCGUUGGUUCCACCAAAGAUGUGUUUCAAGUUUACAGUAUCCGUUGUAUGCUGGGGAUAAGCUAUACAUAUUCGCCUGUGCGAAGUGUAACGGUGGCCAAGAGUACCUUCGACGGCUGGAGCUGUGCUGGCUGGAAUUGGCGCAUCUCGCGCUCUACAACCUGACGGUAUACAAUGCGCCCAACUACUUCGACCUCGACACAGUCAUCAUGCCCUACAUUAUGGACAAUUGGCACGCAUUGCAAUUGCCUGAAAAGAUGUGGAGGACGCCGGUGAAUGAGCGACGCGAAAAGAUACUAACCGCUCUGACCUCUUCAAGAAAGAGAUUUAAAUGUGGCCGCGAGAUGAAGAAACGCGCAACCAUAUGGGGCUUGCGCCUGCGCCGUCCACCGCCGCCGCCAUUGCAGCUGUCGGCGUUAGAGCAGAUUAAAAAAGGAGAGCCAUUGACUGAUGAAAUUGUGCGCGAAUACGCUCCACGGCUACGGUUUUUGUCAAGAGCACCUUCGCCGCACACUGUUUUGUCUAUUGAUGAUAGUUCACAACCUUCGAGUAGUAACAACGAAAAAAGUUCCUAUAAAAGUCAUAAUCAACAUAUGAUAGUGCCAGUAGAUGGCCACUGGUUGAAUCUGAUGAUGGGAAAACGGUUCCACGAAAAUUUAAAUUCGAAUUCAAACUCAGAAAAUGACUCGGCUAGUUCAUAUGAAUCUGUAAAAACAACGGAACGCGACGAUCACCCAUCUCCCUCCGUUUGUACGUCCACUGCUAGGAAAUCCGAUGCCAAAGAAGAUGCUUUAGAAAAAAUAUCAGAAAUAAAUGAGUCCGAAUCUAAUGAAGCUAAAUCUACAUGUGAAAACUCUCCAGUGCCAUCUCUCGACACUUCCCUCUUACCAUGCUCUGUUAAGUUAGAUAAUAUACCCAAAGACAAUACUGAUGAUAUUCACUCAAGCAUAAAUGACUCUUGUAACAUUAAUAUUAACAAACAUACCUCACGUAUAGCCACUAUGAACCUAGAAGUCUCUAAAUUAUCCACUAAGAACAUUAUUGAACAUUCCAAAAUAAUGUCACUCCAACAUAUGGAUAGUCUUCCUCCAUAUAGCAGCAGUUUUACACAUGAGAUGGAGUCCUCCGGUGACGAAACGUCAAGUAGAGGGACGCUAGACGCUAUUAUACCACCGCUAAAAGAUUUUCAAGGCAAAAAUAACCCAUUUUUAAUGCAAAAUACAUAUCCGUCGAAAACACCAUUUUCAUUAAACAUGAAUGUGUAUAAUAAACAAAAUGGUAGAAAUCAUUAUCAUUCAAGAUUCUCAUUGCCAAGUCAACUUAAUCCCCUUAUGGGGCCCAUGGUGAGACCUUUGAAAAGAAAAUUGAGUGAAAAGGAUAUUGUAAUAGGCCCUAAUGGAGAGGUUAAAAGAAGAAAGUAUAGACGGCCAAGGAAACAUUUGCAAUUACAGCUCAACAAAUCAUGUCCACUGCCAGAUGACGCUUCUAAGACUGCUCAGACGCCUACCGAAAACGGUGACGUCACACCGCCUGUCCCCCACAACAUAAACAACGUUAAAUUCCAUGGGAGAAGACUAAGACAGAGACAAGAAAAGAAUUACUAUGAGAACGGGCGUCGCAACACGAACAAUAGCGCUAGCAGUAACAACAGCGUGAAGAGCUUACAGCUGAGCCCUCACAAGGCGAGUAGCGGCGCACCCGAGGUGGACGCUCGACAACUGUCAGCGCUCAAGUCCAGUGUUCAGUCGUACUUCCGCGCCGGCCAGACGUACCGCGUUCUCGCGCGCAGACUCGUGCCAGGACACCUCCCCGCCUACCUCAUCGAGUGGGACUCCGCCUCGUAGGCCGAGGCACACAUGAAUUUAUUUAAAUAUACAUAUUAUUGUAAUUUUAAUAUAUAAGUGCUUGUCUGUAGCCUAAUUUAGUUGUACAGUAAGAUCAAGGAAUGUGAUAUAUUAUUAUUCCAACCUU